AUGGCCUCCGCCGCCGCCGCCGCCGUCAUCACCUCCCCGGCCCCCGGCGCCGCCGUCGCCGCGGCCGAGCCCGCCGCCUGGCUCAUGGACGAGCGCGACGGCUUCAUCACCUGGCUGCGCGGCGAGUUCGCCGCCGCCAACGCCAUCGUCGACCUCCUCAUCCUCCACCUCCGCUCCAUCGGCGAACCGGGCGAGUACGACCACGUCUUCUCUGUCGUCCAGCAGCGCCGCCACCACUGGACGCACGUGAUCCACAUGCAGCAGUUCUUCCCCGUCAACGACAUCGCCUUCGCGCUCCAGCAUGCCGGCUGGCGCCGCCGCGCGCACCCGGCCCAGGCGCUCGGGGCUGGCGCGUCGCCGGCCGCGCCGCCGCCGCCGCCCCCUCGCCGCCCAGCGUUCUCGCAGUCCCAUCACUCCCAUCAACACCAUCGCCACGGCGGCCACUACCGCCCCGAUCCAGCGCGCGGCGGCAGCGCCUUUGCGGCGAGUGGAUCCGAGAAAGAUGGACGUGAAGUUCAUAACAAGGAAGGGAGGGGGCUGAAAGAAACAGGAAACGUCGUCAGUACUAAAAGCUUGCGAUUGGAUUCUCCUAUACUUGAUGAGGGUGAAAAGAAAUCAAAGCUGCAAGCUGUUUCUGAAGGAAGUAGCAAAGUGGUUGCAACCCCUGUGGAGUAUUCAACCAAUGAGAUCAUUGAUGGCAGCAUGGUUAAUACUGUUGAAGGGCUCAAGGUUUAUGAAGGGUUGGUAAAUAUGACCGAGGCAAAUAAGAUCCUUUCUUUAGUUAAUGAAACAAAAGCCUCUUACCGACGAGGGGGGCUUGAAGCUGGACAGACAGUUAUUAUUUCUAAAAGACCAAUGAAGGGUCAUGGAAGGGAAAUUGUUCAGCUGGGCGCUCCUAUCAUUGAAGGCCCUCCUGAUGAUGAAAAUCAAAGAGAAACAAGGGUGGAGGCGAUUCCUGGGUUGCUGCAUGAUCUGUUUGAUCGCUUAUCUCAGCAGGAAAUUAUACCCUUCAAACCAGAUUAUUGUGUUAUCGACAUCUUGAGUGAGGGAGACUAUUCUCAUCCUCACCAAUCCCCUCCUUGGUAUGGUAGACCUCUUUGUACCCUUUGCUUAACAGAUUGUGAUAUGGUGUUUGGCCGAUCCAUAUCAGUAGGAGAGCGAGGUGAUCAUAGAGGUCCUCUGAAGCUCUCGCUCGCAACUGGGUCACUUCUACUCAUGCAAGGGAAAAGUGUUGAAUGUGCAAAGCGAGCUAUUCCUGCUACACGCAAGCAGAGAGUCAUACUAAAUUUUGGAAAGUCUGUAGCAAGAAAGCACAUCCCAGCUGAAAGUGCCCGCUUUACUCCUCCAUUAACACCUCCUAUGCCUUGGGGUCAAUCAUCAAGGCCAGCUAACAUCUCCCGCCAUCCCCAAAGUCCUAAACACUUUGGAUAUGCUCCCGCCAGUGGUGUACUUCCAGCACCAGCGGUUGGACCUCAUCACGUCCCACCGCCUGAUGGGAUGCAGCCACUGUUUGUAGCCCCUGCUCCUGUUUCUGCUGCAGCCAUACCUUUCACGCCAGCUGUUCCCUUACCAAACACAACAACAACUUGGAUACAAGAAGUUACUCCAAGGCCUGCACCGCCACGAUUCCCUGGUCCUGGUACAGGAGUCUUCCUUCCUCCGGGAUCAGGCCACCACCCUCUGCCUCAUCAGAUAAUGCCAGCUUCCCAUGGCCAUGGUGAACCCAACUCCCCACAAGGUUCAUCUGCUUACCUGCAUAAUAAGAUCGCUGGCAAGGAGAUGUCUAAUGGCAAUCUUUCUCCAAAGAACUCGCCAACAAAGAGAUCUUACACAGCUGAGGAGAAACAAGAAUGCAAUGGGAGCUCAAAUGGUGGUGGCAGCUCUGCGGAUGAGAAGUCAGCUUUAGGUAUGGAGCAGCAGAAUGGUAGUCUGAAGAAUGUUGGGAGCAGCAAGGUCCAGCCACAUGGACAUGCAACUAAAUAG